UGCUAUGAGAGAUUUGACAUGACAAGCGAGGAGGAACAACGCCAAGUGAUUCUGGCGCUUGGCAAAUCCUUCGCACAGUGCACAGAUUUCGAUUUAUGGGGCCAACCUAUUGAAGCUAUAGAUGGCUACAAAAGACUAUCAAAACAGUUGGAUGAUUUUGCCAAUGCAGAGUCCCCAUUAUUCUCAGAUGAACAGAAAAAGGUCUUAAGGAAGAUAGGUAUCUGCUUGGACUUGAGAUGUAAAGCAUUGCAGGCACCUGGUACAAUCAAUGGAAUACUAUUGGAUGACCUGAAGAAGAUAGGAAAUACUUUAGACAGCAUUUUGAACCAGAGAUGUCGAGAUUUCCCUGUCGAUGUAACAGCAGCACAGCUCCAGACUAGAACCUUUCCCAACUCACGGAGCAGAAUUCAGGAGAGUGAUGACAUGGAUGAUGACAAACAGGGAUCUAGAGCAAAAGGAAGCUUGCUCCCAAGGCCUUUGGCAUACAGUGGUAUGAGAGUACUGACUAUAAAACUAGAAAAAAUUGGACUUAAAGAUGCCACCCAGUACAUUGAGCCAUUCAUUACUGUUUCUGUCAAAGAUGUACUGGGAGCAGACCUCACCACCUCUCAAGACACACCAGUUACCAGCAAGAAAGAGAACAAGUGUAUUGUGUUUAAUGAGGAAGUGCAUAUUCAGAAGUCUAUAGACAGCCUCCCUAAUGGAUUUUCAAUAUUUUUUGAGUUCAAGCAUUUUAAACCAAAGAAAAACAUGAUAAGCACAAAGUGUUGGGCCUUUAUGGAGAAGGAUGAAAUAAAAGAGGGUUCGGUAGCCUUGGAACUAUACCAGAAACCAGCAGAUUACAAACGGAAACACAUUAAGCUGCUGACAGUUAAACCCCUUUAUCUCCAUUUAAAAAUCACUUUCAACACAUAACAGAUUUACAGUUACAGUUGAUAGAAGCUAUUACAGACAUGUACUUGCAUUUCUUCAACAGAAAACUGAUUCGCUGUGUUUCACAGGAGGAAAAAAGUUAAAGUUAAAAUUGUUUGUUUCUAUUUUCUGUGCCUUUUCCUUUCUAUUAUUAUAAAACCUUAAUUUAUAAAACUUCAUCUAGUCUGCUAAAUACUGGAAAUUGUAAUCCUGGUAGUGAUAAAUGAAUACAUCUAGCAACACCGGUAUCUUGUUACCUCCAUUAUGUGGUUUGGUACAUAUAUAGCAAACAAAUGUUACUUUUAUAUAAUCAAGUGUGCCUCAAGAAUAAAUGUAUUAUACUGCUAAAAAGCAAUACUGAAUUAACAUGAACAUUUAUAAUAUUAAUAUAGAAUGAUAUGUACAUGUAUUAUGAUAAGUGCUUGUGAAUUCUCAAUCUCUACUUGGAGUUUAGUUCAUACACAUGUACCUCAUCUACACCUCUGACAACGAUAGUCUCCGUUCAAGGUCACAGUAUGUCGUUUACAGAUUUCACUGCAAUGUUUUCAAAAAUUUCAUUUGACAGUGUUUUACACUCUGACAUUCGUUCCCCAAUUACUUUUCCAUGUGUUAAUUUUUGUUAAUGAUUUUCUAAAAAUCUGAAAUAAUUCAUUAAAUUUCUUGUUCAGCAUAACCCAGCAAUCAUUCCUCAAAAUGAAGUACAUUUUUUAGUGAAUCAUUGGUUAUUUAAGAAUGAACUAGAACAAGUUACUGAAAGUUGUUUUCACAAGUCUCUUGCUUAAAACCCAAAAUGUUGUCAGAGGUAUGAGCGAGAUCUAGGAAGGACAACUCCGGUUAGAUAUUGAUGAAUGUUAUGUUGUUGUGAAUUUAUUGUUUUGUGAUGUAUCAAAGGUAUCAGGUUGUGUCAAUAUAUUACCUUUAAUGUGUCAAAAAACUAUUGUUAUGGUGAAACCCACUGAUAGCACAUUAUGUUGUCAAUAUGUCUAACUGUAAAACAAGUUUAUAUCUAAAAACUAUCCAAACUUCUGAAAUUUAUACAUUCCAACCCUUUUGAACCAAAGAGCCUUUUUGAAAGUUCUACAUAUAUACAUGUAAGUGGAUCUCAUUCCUUUUAAUUAUGUUUUACAAUUACUAUGUAUAGGAUAUUUCAUCGAAUUCCCGCUGGGCUCCGAUUCGAUUGUUCGACAGUGCGGUUGUUAACUGGUAUCCGUCCCAUGUGUUCAGUUGCUCAAGUAUGGAGUGUAUAUUGUAUUUUGAGGUGCUUUUUAUACCAAAUUGAAUUUUUUUGGGUGAUGGAACCAUGGUUUAUGAAUUAGUAGGUGUUCCGUAUGAGUUGUAAUGAUUGGAUUAUUUAUUGAUCAUUUAAAAUGCACUUUUUGUUACUGCACCACAAUUUGGCAUUUUUGUUAUGGAUUUGUUUUGAAAAUAUACAUAUUUUUUUUAUAAGUAUUUAAAAGGAAAUUAACAUGGUGGAAUAAUUUAUUCCUAUUUGUGUGAUAAAGAUACAUGUAACAUUGUAUGUUUAAUUUAAUUUUCUAUUGCCAAUAUAUACAUUGUAUUAUUUCCUUAGUAUGUGAAUAUUUCACUUUCCACUAAACUUUGGCUAUAAAGAUAUUUAACAUAUAAACGGUCAGCUUGUUUGUUGAACAUAAUGAUUCACUAUGUUUUCUUAUUAAUUUAAUAUGUAUUUGUAUGCAAUGAUAACAAGAUUAGCAAUAGAUAUAUUGUAUGAUAGUAUGUACUACAUUUAAUAGUAAAAAGAAUAUUACUACAGUACCUGUAUUUUAGAAAUACAUAUGGCAUGUCUUUUUUGCAUAAUAUUAAACUACAUAUAAGUUUGAAAA